UUUUGCUUGAGUAUAUUUGCCCUAAUAGGCCUCCAGCUUUUUAUGGGCAAUUUAAGAUUCAAAUGUGUCCUCAAUAAUACUGUGUACAAUGACUCAUUAUGUAAGGAUCCCAAGAUCUAUGUACGAAAUGAUGAAGAUAUCUGCCACAGAAUGAAUGGCUCUUCUGACAUAUUGCUCUGUGGGUUCAGUUCAGAUCCCAACAAAGAGUGCCCAGAAAACUAUACCUGCCAGGAGAUUGGGCAGAAUCCUGACUUUGGUUACACAAGUUUUGAUCAUUUUGGCUGGGCCUUCCUCUCUGUAUUCCGUCUGAUGACACAGGAUUCCUGGGAGCGCCUCUACAGACAGACUAUCCGUACAUCUGGAGUGACCUCCUUUUUUUUUUUUAUGGGAGUCAUCUUUUUUUGCUCAUUUUAUCUCUUCAAUCUGAUCUUGGCUGUAGUAACUAUGACGUAUGAAGAGCAAAACAGAUCCAGUCUUGCUGAAACAGAGUCCAAGAAAAAACUACUUCAGGAUGCCCAAGAAAUUAUAAAGAAAGAACAGGAGUUGGCUGCAGCUGAAAGUAGUAAGGCCCUGCAGGUUGGGUCUGAAAUGCCACUUGGUGACUCAACAAAUUUGAAAGGAAAUGAGAUUAAUGAGGAAACAGUUAUUUUAAGACAAAAUGUAAUUUUAGGUGAUCAGGAGAAAGAGGAGCAAAUAUUUCAUUCACAGCCUGGUCACUGCCACAAGAAGCUUAGGAAGAUCCUGCUGUCUUAUGAUGUGUCAGUGGACUCUAUUAAUGAUCCUUUCCGAAGACAGAGGUUAAUGAGUGCAGCCAUUAUUCUUACAGACUUUUCAGAGUCAAAAGUGAAACGUCCUGCAUUGUGGAAACGUUUUGCUUCAAAGUAUCUAAUUUGGAAUUGUUGUCCAUUCUGGAGAGCAGUCAAAGAGAAGGUGAAAUUGGUGGUUUUGGAUCCGUUUGUUGAACUCUUUAUCAUGGCUUGCAUUAUCUUGAAUUCCUUAUUAAUGGCUAUGGAGCACCCUGGCAUGUUACCACAAACCAGAAAAAUGUUUGCUAGAAGUGACCAGGUCUUCACUCUGAUUUUCACACUAGAAAUGAUCUUGAAAAUCAUUGCUCUAGAUCCUUACUACUAUUUUCAGAACAAAUGGAAUGUUUUUGAUAGCUUGGUUGUUUUGAUUGGCCUAGUGAGCUUUGAAACCAAUCUGUCACCUUUCCGGGCGAUCAGGAUCUUCAAAUUGGCAAAGUCCUGGCCAGCCUUAAAUACUCUUAUGAAAAUAAUUCUAAACUCAUGUGGUGCUCUGAGUAACCUCACUCUGGUUUUGACUAUCACUGUAUUUAUUUUCGCUGUACUAGGAAUGCAGCUUCUGGGCAGUGAUUAUGAAACAAAAUUCCGUAAAAUAAGCACCAAUGGGGAGUUACGCUGGCAUAUGAAGGAUUUCAGUCAUUCAGUCCUGAUUAUAUUCCGAAUCUUAUGUGGAGAAUGGAUUGAAACGAUGUGGGAAUGUAUGGAAGUGGCUGGAAAAGAGAAAUGUAUUACAAUUUUCAUGCUAGUCCUGGUGAUAGGAAACCUGGUGGUGCUCAACUUGUUCAUUGCCCUGCUGCUGAGUUCAUUCAAUACUGAUGCCUCAGGAGGACAAGAGGAACCUGGAGAAGGGACUAAAUGUCAGAUUGCCCUUGCACAGAUUCUCAAGGGCCUGAAGGCUGUGAAAGACAGAAUUCUGGAUCCUUGUGGCAGAAAAAUGAAAGGAAGCCUCAAAAAGACAGACAAAAAGAAGACUUUGGAAGAAAAUUCUGGCAAAGACAAAGAGGAUAAUAAUUGUGUCUGUGUUCCCAUUGCAAAAUCAGAGAGUUACAGUGACAAAAGUGAUGAUGACUACAUUGUAUUCACAGAAACAGAACACAGAAAACAGGGAGACAGAUUACGACAUAGAGAACAGCGGCAGAGUUCAAGCAGCUUCAGUCAGUUUUCUGGGACUCCUGAAUCUUUAAAUGUUUUCAUAGUAACACGUGAAAAGCAAGAGCAAAAAGAGAAAUAUGGUGCUGCUCACAGCUUUUCUGAAGCCAGCAGUGUGGAUGCAGCUGUUGAUCUGGAGAUGUUUUUUCAGACUGAAAAAUCACACCUGCCUAAGGACUGUUUUGCAGAAAAUUGUGGUAAAUGUUUCCCAUGUUGUGUAGUGGAUAUCACUAAGUUUCCAGGCAGAAGUUGGUGGAACUUCAGGAAAACCUGCUACAGAAUUGUUAACCACAGCGGGUUUGAAUAUUUUAUGAUUUUUGUGAUAGUAUUGAGCAGUGCAGCACUGGCAUUUGAAGAUAUUCAUCUACAGAAUAGAAAAACAGUGAAAAUGAUCCUAGAUUAUACUGACAAAGUAUUUACCUACAUCUUUUUGAUGGAGAUGCUUCUGAAAUGGGUAGCUUAUGGAUUGCGCAGUUACUUCACAAAUUCCUGGUGUUUACUUGACUUUGUCAUUGUAUGUCUGUCAUUUGUUUCCUGGGUACUAAAUCCUGACUCCAAAGAUGUUUCACCUUGUUCCUCUCGAAGUGGCCUGAAAUCUCUCAGGACUCUUAAAGCAUUGAGACCUCUACGAGCUUUGUCAAGAUUUGAAGGAAUAAAGGUUGUUGUCAAUGCACUCCUUGGAGCUAUCCCCUCAAUCUUCAAUGUUUUGCUCGUCUGUGUUGUCGUUUGGCUCCUAUUUAACAUUCUAGGAGUAAAUUUGUUUGGGAAAAGAUUUUCACAGUGCAUACUCCAGGAAGGAGAUAUCAGUGCCAUUAAUACCAGAAAUAAUUGUGAGUCCUGUGGUGGAAAAUGGACAAAUGAUCCUGUAAACUUUGAUAAUGUUGGAAUGGGAUAUUUGGCUCUGCUCCAAGUGGCAACUUUUAAAGGCUGGAUGGGUAUUAUGUAUGCAGCAGUGGAUUCCCGUGAGAUCAAUGAACAGCCAAAGUUUGAAGCAAACUUUUAUAUGUACAUAUACUUUGUGGUUUUCAUUAUUUUUGGAUCUUUCUUCAUGCUGAACCUUUUUAUUGGAGUGGUUAUCAACAAUUUUAACCAACAAAGGAAAAAGUUAGGUGGAAAAGAUCUAUUUUUGACUGAGGAACAGAAAAAGUACUAUAAUGCCCUAAAAAAACUUGGAUCCAAGAAACCUCAAAAACCCAUCCCAAGACCACCGAAUGCGUUCCUGGGAUUGCUGUUUGAUAUCGUAAUGCACAAAGCAUUUGACAUCAUCAUUGUCAUUUUCAUCUGCCUAAAUAUGGUUGUUAUGAUGGCAGACCAGGAAGGCACCAAGGAAGUUCUUAAUAAAAUCAACUAUUUUUUUGUAGCUGUAUUUACAGCGGAAUGUGUCAUAAAAAUGCUGGCCUUAAGACAACAUUAUUUCAAAAGCGGCUGGAACUUAUUUGAUUUUAUUGUUGUGGUCCUUUCAAUAGUUAGUAAGUACCAAUCACUAAAUCAGGUAAUGUGUCUUACCAAUAUUGAGCCAAAUUUCAGUAUGAAGUAAGCACUUAGAUGUAUUUGAUAAACAAAGUCCAGAUCCACUGUACUUUUUCAAACUAUAUGCUAAGUCA